ACAAGUACAGGACCCGUCAAGAAGAAGCGAAAAGUGAACGAUCCUCGCAAAGUCGUAUUUGACUGGGAUGGCGGUGAUGAUACCACGCACGCUGACCAAGAUCCUCUCUAUAAUCAGCGUCAGGCUCCUCGGUUUUACGGAAGAGGCACACUCGGUGGGUUAGCAGAUUCUGCUGCAGAAACGUCAGAAGCAUAUGCACGCGCAAUUCAUGAACGUGCGCCUGAACAAGCUGCAGAGUUGCUUGCUUUUGAAAAGCGUCAUGCAGACAAGAAAGGGUGGGACGACCGUCACUGGUCUGACAAGACACUCGCUGAGAUGCGUGAGCGAGACUGGCGUAUCUUCAAGGAAGACUAUGCAAUACAGACAAAAGGCAGUGCGAUUCCGCAACCCAUCAGGCAUUGGGAGGAAGCAGAUUUCCCCAGACCUGUGAUGGAGGUGAUAAAACAAGUCGGCUAUGAUCAGCCUACGCCUAUUCAGAGAGCAACAAUACCCAUUGGCCUACAAGGGCGUGAUAUCAUUGGGAUUGCCGAAACGGGGUCUGGUAAGACGGCUUCCUUUGUGCUCCCCAUGCUGGUCUACAUCCAAUCUCUACCAGCACUGGAUCCCUCUCAUCGCAAUGAUGGACCCUACGCGAUUGUACUAGCACCGACACGAGAGCUUGCCCAGCAAAUUGAGCAGGAAACGCGCAAAUUUGCCAGCAGUCUGGGUCUCAACGUCGUAUCGAUUGUGGGAGGUCGAUCCAUUGAAGAGCAGUCGUUCAAUCUGAGUAAAGGCUGUGAGAUUGUGAUUGCCACUCCUGGGCGACUACUAGAUUGUCUCGAACGACAUGUACUUGUCCUCUCUCAGUGUACAUACGUGGUCAUGGAUGAAGCAGAUCGAAUGGUUGACCUCGGAUUCGAAGAGGCCGUUAACGAGGUUCUCGAUGCACUGCCAGUUCACAACAUGAAGCCAGACUCGGAUGCUGCGGAAGACCCAACGCGAAUGACGGCCAUGAUUGGUGGCAAAGAACGAUAUCGACAAACUGUCAUGUUUUCAGCGACCAUGCCUCAAGCAGUCGAGAAGCUUGCUCGCAAGUAUCUGCGGCGGCCAGCGACCGUCAUCAUUGGCAAUGCGGGACAAGUCGUCGACACGGUCGAACAACGCAUUGAAAUGUGUACUGGCGAUGAACGUCGCAAGAAGCGACUCGAACAAGUUCUGGCAAGUGGCGAGUUUGACCGGCCCGUCAUUGUCUUUGUCAACACCAAGAAGUUAUGUGACUAUGUCUCUCGCGUAUGCAACGACUGUGGGUGGCAUGCAGUGACACUGCACGGUGGCAAGUCGCAAGAUCAACGUGAAGCGUCGCUUGCAAAGUUGCGUUCAGGACAGGCGGAUGUGUUGGUUGCAACUGAUCUUGCGGGUCGCGGCAUUGAUGUGCCAGGUGUCACGCUUGUUGUCAACUUUGGUAUGGCCAAAACGAUUGAAGACUAUGUCCACCGCAUCGGUCGAACAGGUCGUGCUGGUCGCAAAGGUGUUGCACUUACGUUGAUUGGCGACGAGGACAGCGAGUUGUUCUAUGCACUCAAG